AUGCCUACUUCUACUGCUCCCUCAGCUAACGCUGUGGGAGCAAACUCUUCCGACCAUCUAUCACACGAUUUGAUCGACGACUAUGUUGCUGCCGUCGACGAAGGUCGUCAUCAUCCUGAGAUAUCUUUCGGCUUAUCGCUCUCUCAACCUCACCGUUCAGAGACCAACGCUGACCUACGAGUCCGAGGAGUGCUCGAUACCGGUGCUACCAGCUCGUAUAUCGUGGUGCCAGAGUCGUUCAUACUGGCAUUUCAGACAGAUCCUCUCCAUCAGCCAGUUGCAGUGACCCUAGCUAACGGAAGUCAGGUCAACAUCAACACAAGUAUUCCCUGCUCAAUCAUGGUUCGGGAUAUACGCUCUGGUGAGUACUUCAAUGCUGGCCAUCAUACUCUCCGUGUGUUAAACUGCCGUGAGCGACUUCAUCGGCCCUAUUGUCUCAUUGGUAGAGAUUUGAUCAAGGCUUGGUGUCUCGUAUGCGUUGGCCUCGACUCCGUUACCCUGUCUGGUCGUUUGGUAUAUGAGGCUACUCCUGUAUCGACACAACUACCGGCUGCGCCCUCCCUCGCUACCAUCUAUCUGGUGGACGACACUGACCCGAAGUCAUUGGUAUCACUACCCCCGGUGGUAGCUCCCCCUGAUCCUCCUACUCAACUAUGUAAUCAAGACAAAAAACUCGCUCUCGAUAUUCUCCAAGCACUGGUUGCCAAAGGAUGGCGUGAUCUUCCUCUGUCGAGGGGUUAUCGCUGUCGUAUCCGAGAACUGUGCCCGGUCGAGCACCUAGACUCUCCACAUCAAACACAUGUUGGUGAACUGUUUUUACCCGCGUCAACUCUAUCGACAAGGCCAUCACUCAGGAACUUCGCCACUCCUCUCUUCAAGCGACUGUCUCCUGACCUCAAGGUCGCCUAUAACUCGAUGAUAGAAGACUACGUCACCAAGAAGUGGUGGGUAUCGGCCCCAGCGACUACGACUGUCAGCCCCACCCCAGCUGCCAAUGUUUUCCUGAUCAAUGGUUCCAAGCGACCAAGGCUCGUUUGUGAUUUGCGAGCUUGCAAUGCUGCUCUACCUCGCGCUAGCUCGCGCAACCCGGACUUGUGGAAAGUACUGUCUAUCAUCCGCUUGACUGGUCCAUCAAUAAUCGUUGGAGCCGACAUAUCUUCGGCGUUCUACGCCAUCAGAAUCAGUGCGGAGUCUGGCACUACCCACUUCGUGCUGCACACAGCGCUUGGCACCUUUUGGUCUACAAGGUCAUUGUUUGGAACAAGUAUAGGUCCCAGCUCUCUGAGUGGCACACUAGGAUCGAGUGUCGAGGCUGUCAAGAACUGCUCAUCUGUUUUGCAGUCACCGUCAGUGGUUUCGGUGGUCUCGAAUCAUAGCGAUCAUGGAGAUACGCACACUCGUUACCCUGUCGACCUCACCUCCAACCUCCAGUAUUUUGCUGAUGAUAUCGUCUGCUCCGGCUUCAUCUGCACAAUUAUCCUCCACCUCAUGGCUAUCUUAUUACAGGUCUUGGUCUUUCUGGCGUUUAACUGCCAGCCCAAGAAGUGUGCCAUUUUGACGACUGAGGACAAUCGUCAGGAGGCCGAGAAGACAUGUAAGCAGUUUGGCCUACUCUUCCCUAUAGCUGAAGUUAUUGGAGUGCUGGGCGUGGUCUUCUCCUAUACAGCAAUCUGUGGUGGUCUUCCAGCACGACUAUGUAUGAGCUGUGAUGCGGCUUCUCGCAUGGCGAAAGCUAUGGACUUCCUGAAGAAAGAUCCGGUGUUGGCUCAGCGACCUAGUAAGAUCGAUAUUUUCGCGGUCGGUGGUAAGCUUAGCUUCGACCAGGGACGGGUCCAUGGAGAACGAAGGCUCAUCAGUGAUCUCUUGAAGGUCAUUAUUGCUAGGAAUUUCCCUAGCUCUCCUUGGCACCAGCACUGUGACUUGACGACUAUGCCUUCGACCGAGCAACAGGCCUACGAAGCGGUGGUGCUGUGGGCAAGAGAGGUCUGUGAAUCGUCUUCGUCAUGUCGUCAUCUAUCCCCUCUUCGUUCUAAGGGGCAAUCUGAGGUCACCAUUAUCGUUGAGACCGAUGCUUCGCUCUAUGGCGGCGCUACGGUGGUAAGGAUAGACGACGACAUUAUCCUUCAAGAUGUGUAUCGUUUCUCGGCUCGGCAAAUCUCCUAUUCAUCGAAUAGGAGAGAGCUACUGAUGUGCUUACAAGGCAUUCGUAGAGCGGCUGAGUUGAUAUCCUACCAUCGUACCACUCUCACAGCCCUCACGAAAUGCUCACACCUCAUCUUUAAUGUCGACUUCCGUACCGACAACAAGUCUAGUUGUAGCUGGCUGUCCAAUGAUGAGGCUGUACUGAAGCUACAGAGCUCGAAGAUUCUUGAGCGACGCGCCAUCAUACGACUCAUUGACUCUAUCUCAGAGGAGCUUAAGGUCAUCAGGCAGUAUGGUCGGUUGUCGCUAUCACACUUGGCGGGUGCUACUAACCACUAUGCUGACUCAGCCAGCCGGUUGUUGGACCGGCCUGUCAAGACGGGCACGACAACCACUAGAUUGGGUGAGCUUUUGGCUGCCUAUAAGAAGUCUGAUAACCUCAAGCCAUCACAGUUGAUGGGGUCCGACAAAGGCGAGUGUGCCGGAGAGCAUUGCUGCUGGGCGGGGUCUAUCUCUCACGAUGAAAUACGGCUCAUGGUCAACGCCGCGUCUGCACCAGCUAUGUCCCUUCGAGAGGAUCUCCCAAGCAUCUCCCACGAAGACCUGGAAGAGCAAGAGAGGGACUUAGAAGGUGACUUUGACUCCUGCUGCUGUCUGAUAGAAGAUGAUGACCCUACCGGAGGUAUAGCAGCUUAUGAUCGUCAACCAUUCUCUAUGAUAGCGUCUAUAACCUCCGGCUCAGAUGACUUUUGUGAGGAUGUUUGUCGUGCCGUUGAUUGCGUCCUUGCAAUCCGUGAUGACCUCGGUCAGAACCCCCCAGCGCCUCACCCAACGGCAGAGCCAUUGAUCGAAGCAAUUGCCCGUGAUUCAUGGGAUGUCGACUCCGUACUAGACCGAGUCCAUAUACUGCGAUUGGUUCUCUCUGUCCUGCGGUCUAAUGCUCAAGCUCCUAAUGCCACUGUCCUGGAGUGCGAAUGGAACCAAGCUUGGAAUCAAGAGGAUGUCUUAUGCGCUGCUCACUCAGCACAGUUCAACUUGGUUAACGGUAAAUCUCUACACGAUAUCAAGACCAACAAAGGAUGCUCCUGGGAUGUUAUCGACCCAACUGCCCUCUCCAAAGUCUUAGCCUACCGAUGUGGACUGCCGACCGGAGAGGUGGUGCUGAUAGAUUUGGGAGUAUUAUACUCAUUAUUCCCUAAUCGACUGGUAUUGAGUUGGUCUACUUCGACACCGGUGAAUCUAACACGCAUAAGCGCAAAGUCUAGCCGAUUCGGAUCAUCGAAGUUGAAGUCACCCUGA